AUGGCCGCUCAAGAGAAACUCAUCCGCAUCACGGCCUUCAUCUAUCGCAAGCCUGGGAUGUCGUCGGAAGAAUUCCAUCAUUAUUGGUCUGAAAUACACGGCCCCAAGAUGGUCGACCUCUCCCUUCGGUACGGCGUGGUUGAUUAUCGUCAGUAUCACACGACGCCCGAGACAAAAGAACUGCUAAAUGUUGCUACAAAGGCAAUGGGGAAGGAGUGCAUGGCCCACGAUGGCACGGCAGAGACGCUGGUUAAAGACCUUGGGCAAUAUCUGCAUAUGAACGCAGAUCCGGAAUAUCUAGAGAAGAUGGUGCCGGAUGAGGAGGCUUUUAUGGAUAGGUCGAGGCUUGAGUUUACGAUUGGAUAUGAGUAUGGGAUUAUUAGCAAUGGAAAGUUCGUUACAGAACAUGCAAGGAAAUACUGA